UUUAUUUUUUUGUCCAAUUUAGAGUUCGUUGUCGAAAUGCUGGUCCUGUAGCUCUAGCUGAGAAGAGCAUUGCUCAGGUGGCAGAGAAAUUCCUACUGAGAGGUUAUUGUCCACAUUGCAACCAUGUCUUUGUGGAUGAAACCAGUACCUGGAAUCACAAGCAGAAUUCAGGACACAAAGUCCGAGUCAUUAACUCAAUGGAAGAAUCAGUCUUACUUUAUUGCCACAGCAGUGAAGGGAACAAACCCCCUUCUGACUUGCACCUGUUGCAAGAUCAGUCAAAAUUUUCAUCACUUAAAAGAAAUAUGUCCGUUCGAGAAUCUAGCUCACAAGAUUGCAGCACUGUUCCAAAGAAGAAGAUUAAUUUAGGAGAUAAAAGCCAUGGGGGUAUGGUUUGUGUUCAGAAGGAAAAGUCACUUGUUAAAACCUGGUUUUGUGAAUGCCAGCAACGCUUCCCAAGUGAAGAAGCAGUAGAAAAGCACGUUUUCUCAGCAAACACGAUGUGUUAUAAGUGUGUGGUCUGUGGGAAGGUGUGUGAAGAUUCAGGAGUCAUCCGUUUACACAUGAGCCGCAUUCAUGGUGGGGCGCAUUUAAAUAACUUUCUUUUCUGGUGUCGGACAUGCAAAAAGGAGUUGGCAAGGAAAGAGGCUAUAAUGGCCCAUGUGACUGAGUUUCAUAAUGGACACAGGUAUUUUUAUGAGACAGAUGAGGUAGAAGGUGACACUUUGCCGUCAUCCUCUACAACGUUGGUGAAUGAUCUGACUGCUGAUAAUCCUUCUUCAACUAUUACUAUUCUUGAUCAUUCCCCAGCAACCAGUCCUCCAAGCGGUAAAUGGCAAUGCCGAAUUUGUGAAGAUAUGUUUGACUCCGAAGAAUGUGUGAAACAACACUGCAUGUCUUUAGCAAGUCACCAGUUUCAUAGGUAUAGCUGCGCCCAUUGCAAAAAGACUUUUCACAAGAUGGAAACUCUGUAUCGACAUUGCCAAGAUGAGCAUGACAACGAAAUAAAGAUGAAGUAUUUCUGUGGGCUUUGUGAUCUGAUCUUUAAUGUGGAAGAAGCGUUUCUGAGUCAUUAUAAGGAGGACCACAGCAUAGACUAUGUAUUUGUGUCAGAAAAAAUGGAAACUUCCAUUAAAACCGAGAGUGAUUUUCCAGUUGUAGAGACGGGUAACCUGCUGACGUGCGGAUGCCGGGAGAGCUACCUCUGCAAAGUCAACAGAAGGGAGGACCACGCUCGCUGUCUGCAGACUCUCCUGGGCCAGGGCCGCCUGUGGUUCCGCUGCGGCGCGUGCUCGGCCACGGCGCAGGCCACGGAUGACAUGCUGGCACACGUGCGCCAGGCACACGCGGAGCCGGAGGGCGCGGAGGGCGCGCCGCAGUGCCUGAUCAAGUGCGGCACCUGCACCAGAGCCUUCCAGGACCCCGAGAGCGCGCAGCAGCACUUCCACAGGAAACACUGCUUCCUGCGGGAGCCCAGCGUGGCCCGCUUCGGGCCUGAGCAGACGAGCCCGUACACGUUUGCUGCCAGUUCCUCCCGUGCAGAGAGAAAGCUGAGACAGGCAGCAAGCUGUCCACAGACUUCAGACCCGGAGAGAGGAGCCGAGGCUGACGUGAGCUGUCAGAGUACAGAUGAAGAGGUUGUUGAGCUCCCAGACUUGGAUUACCUGCGAACCAUGACUCACAUCGUCUUUGUAGACUUUGAUAACUGGUCCAACUUUUUUGGUCAUCUACCAGGGAAUCUUAACCAAGGAACAUUUAUUUGGGGCUUUCAAGGUAUGGUUAAUAAGGAACACAUUUGAGACAACCUCCCGU